AUGCUGGACGCAAACCAUGUAUGGCAAAACUUAGAGAACUUUACUGGAUAUCCGUACCAAUGCAAAGUGUCCGUCAGGUUCUACAAAGAUGUGUCAUUUGCAGAAAAAUUAAAAAACCCUGUUCUUAACCAGAAGAUGGCUGAUUUACCAUUGGAAAGAGUAAUUCCAGUUGCUCCAUUCACACACACAGGUGUUGACUUCUUUCGGGCCCACAGGAAGUCAAAGAAGGAAGGCAAAUCAGGAAGAGAAGGUUUGUUGCUAGAAGAGGCAAAUGUAAGGAAGAGUUUGACUUGUGACAAUGGGACAAACUUUCAUGGAGCCGAGAAGGAGUUGAGGAAGUCACUGCAAGAGAUGAAUGAUGAUCAGAUCAGAGCUUUCCUCUCAAAAGAAAGCAUCAGCUGGACCUUCAAUCCCCCUACAGCUAGUCAUAUGGGAGGUGUGUGGGAACGUCAGAUUAGAACUGUGAGAAAGGUCUUGACUCAUCUCUUCAAAGAACAUGCUGGACGACUGGAUGAUGAGAGUUACCGCACUCUUCUCACAGAAGUUGAGGCUAUAGUGAAUGACCGUCCUUUGACCACAGUCAGUGACAGUCCAGAUGACUUACAACCACUCAGUCCAGCACAGCUUCUCACACAGAAAUCAAGUGUUGUGAUGCCACCACCUGGUGUUUUUCAGAAAGGAGAUAUGUACUGA